AUGGAGCACGUCGAGGACACCAAGGGAAACAACGGAGAUAAAGGCGAAUCUUUGAAUGAAUUGAUGUUGAUUUUUCGCGCAGAAAUUUGUCUUUAUUCCUUUUUCAGUUUCCUCUGAGCUCCUUAGGAACGGCAGAGAGGUCCCUAGAAGGGUUGGGGUUGGAAAAAACCCCUACAGGGGACAAAAUAGGGAUCCCUAGAGGGCUUUGAUUUAGGUGGUCUUUAUAGGAGUUCAGGUUCCGAUCCUAAACCUCUAAAGUUCAAGCGGUCCCUUUCCUUCUAAAUUUUUGUUCUGUUUUGAAAAGACGUACUAAAACGACUUAUAGGGAAAACUAGCAUUCUCCCCUUGAAUGGCCACUUUUUUAAGCUUUAGAAAGCCCUACGGGAAAAGGUAAGAUUCCCUGAUUCCAAUCUGAGAGAGCCCUCAAGGUUGCCCCUCUAGUGAUCACUACAAAUUAGGUGGCCCCUUUAGGAGUUUUGGUUCUAGUCCUCUCAACCUUAAGUGGUCCCUAUAGCGGCCUUUUGAAUUUUUUUCAAUAAUUUUAAACCAAUUUUUCCUUUUUGUUCAGUGUUCCGAUUUUUACGUUAGAAAAAAAUAUGGAGGCCAAAAAUUAAAUAAGACAUUUCUGCACGAAAAAAAUUGAGACGAUAAAGUGAAAAUGAAGUAAUUUUCUAAGAAAAAAGCGAAAUUCGAGACUUUACAAGCUUUUAAGGAGGAACUUUUAUUAUUCUGUAUAAUUUUACUCAUUAUUAUAAUCCUUCUUAAACAGGAAUCAUGAGAGUGACGAAUUUGCGACUGAUUUGGCACGCCUCCAACAUGCCACGAAUCAACAUCACCAUCGGCUGGAACUGCAUCACAGGCGUUCAGAGUCGCCAGGCGUCCUCCGUACGUCUUCGGAUCAUCUUCUCCGACUUUCCGAGUUUCAGAGAGUCCGCGGAUCGGCCUGUGAAGCCGUCUACGUCCUCGCCAAGGUCGCCUCCUCGGCCACCAAGUUCGAGUUCAUCUUCACCACCACGAAUACUUCGGUUCGUUUGAAUGUCGCCGAGGGGGCUUGUUGCGGUCGCGUCGCGGUUUUCCACGCAAAGAAUUAGAAAAAGAAGGGGUUUUACUUAGAAAUGCCGGAGUGGUCCCUGUAGUGCGACCUAAGGGACUAUUUGAAGGCUCCUCUCUAGGGACCACUUUACCUCUUUUUAUAGAUGACACUAAAGCUUGCAAAAGUGGCCACUCUAGGGGUUUUAGCCCAUGCUUCCUUUUAUCUUUCUAAUCACAAAAAAAAAUAAAGAGACAGUUUUGGACUUAUAACUGAAGUCAAACGUCAGCCAAUUUUUUACCUUUUUUUUUCUUUAAUGGUUUUUUGAAAAUUUAUUAAUUUUUAACGGUUUUGCACCUUUAGCUAAAUUGGAAAAAGAUAAAAACUAUAAAUUUUGCCGAAAUUUUGUUUGAUCCUAAAACUUCGUCAAAAUCCGCAGCCACGCUAAUAAAAGAAACAAUUUUUUUCAUUUCUCCGUUCUCAAUAUUUUCUGAGAAACAAAAAUUCCGAUUUUUUGAUAUUUUUCUUAUUUCCCUCAGUUUUUGAGCCAUUUCUUGAUUAUCGAUUCUUCAACGACAGUUUUUCUGGUCAAUGAAAAAAAUUUUUGUUUUUUUAUUCAUUAACCUUUGGAAACAAGUUGUUUAACAACAAAAUUUUUCAGACGCAUUCUCGCCUUUUCACCACGAUCAACUCACUCCACCGCGCUUAUGAAACGACAAAACUUUACAGGUUUUGAUUGAAUCCUAAAAAGUUAAAAUGAAAAAUAGAUUUGAAGAGAAUUAAAAAUGCGCGGCUCUUUGAUUGAAGACGACGGAAGUCUGAGGCUUCUGCCCCAGGAAUACCUCUGUGAGCGGGUCAAAGGCGUUUGGAACCUCUCGACCGAUCAGGUUUCUUCUUUAUUCAUUCCUUUUUUGAUAUUUUAUUGACAAGGUUUCUUCACUUUUCCCCGCAAAACAAAUUCCUGAACAUUCUGCCAGAAUUCUCGCAAGUCGUUUCUUCUCCAAUGUUGAAAUAUUUACUAGCUCAUUUUACAAGGCGUUUUCCGCCCUAAAGAAAACGGGACAAGCUGGCGCAGAAUCGGCUAUAUGGGACUUUUCAGGGAAAUCUGGGCGUUUUCGUAAUAACGAACUGCCGAGUCGUGUGGUACGCCGAACUGAACCCCCUGUACAACGUCUCAGUUCCCUACUUGACCCUCUACUCGUGCCGAAUCCGCGAAUCCAAGUUCGGACUCGCCCUCGUUCUGGAAACGACUUCCUCGGUUCUUUUUUCUCUUUUGAUCCGAAAGAUAAGUUAAAAAUCAUAUUCCUAAAUAGGACCUAAUCACUUUUUCUCAAGCUUUUUAAAAUCCUAUGAAAAAUUUUACAUUAAUGUGUUCAUUUCUAACUGAAACAGACCUCAAAUUUGAAGUUACUGGGAAUAUUUCCAGUGAAAUCUCUUCUCGUUAGUUCUAGCUCAAGAAAAAAGAAUGAAAUAAUUGCGAAUAAUUUCUAUAUAAAUAAUCCAGUUUUAGGACUUCUCGUUCAUCAAAAAGAAGUUUUAAUCUGAUCGGAUUUCGGAACUUUCAAGGCUCUUUCGGAAAUUAGGAAAAAAGUUUUUUUUUUUUGAAGCAACCGUAAAUUUAUUCAGUUCUGUUGCAAACUUUGAGCAGAAAGGCAAAAAAAAAAACGUAAAAAGUUUAAUCAAUUUUUUCUAGCCUGAACUAUUUUUACCUUCUUAUAAAUUUCCUGCACAUGAUUCCCGUUUCACGGAAGCCUUUUUUUUUCAAAGCCAACAAGAAUUUCGUUGAAUAUCUACAAACGAAGGGUAUGCCGUGUUCGAAGCGAUUUCCGCUUAUUUUAAGUUAUCUCUGACUCUCCAAAAUUUAGUUAUCUUCCUCCCUCUCUAACAGUUAUUUCGAAUUUCGCUUUGAAAGUUCAUAUAAAUUAUAAAAGUCGAGUUUCGAUAAAACAUUUUUCUCAGAGCGGCGAGUACGUCCUCGGCUUCCGGAUCGACCCCGGCGAAAAGCUGCAAUCGACCUGCAAAUCGAUCCAAGCUCUUCAUAAAGCACAUCUUCUUAAGCCUAUCUAUGGUGUUUCCUAUGUUCGGGAGCGUGGGGUAUCUCGUGAAAUUGGAAAAUUCUGAAUAUAAAUAACGAAAACAGGCCCCGAAAGUGACGGAAGUGAAGAAUCGAGAAGAGGAGCUUCAGCCGGACAAUUUGGAGGACGACGUCGAAAUCGAGACCCACGGAGUUCGGCCCGACGCUUUUGCUGUUCGUUUCGCUGAUUUUUUUGGUCCCUCGAGGGUUUUAUUAUUUCCGUUCUGGUUUAAAAAUUGGAAAUAUAAAUUAUAUCAGUUCAUUUUCUGUUGAUAUUUGGUUAUCCACAUGGAAAUGCUUCUCAUAGGUUCAUUAAAACUGACUAGCAUGUCCCCUAUAGGGGCCACUUUCGCAAGCUCUAGUGUCCCCUAUAGAGCGAAGUAAAGUGGUCCCAAGAAGGGCUUCUAAAAAAAAUCAAAAAAAGGUGUCAAAAGACGCCCCUGUAGAUAGUGACCCCUUUGGGGUUCCGAGGCAGGCCUAAAGGCUUUUUUAAAAAUUCAUAGACAAAAUUCAUUAUUAUGCGUUGAACAGCUUUUUAAAGGGUAUUUCAAGUUCCUCAAGACUUCCUCACCAUUAAAAAUCACAGAAAAGUUCAAAAAUAUGACUUUUUCUCAAAAUUGAAUCAAAAUUCAGGCCUACUUCGACGGCGGCUGGGCGCCCUCAACUGAAGAGAAGAAACUUCCCGUUUUGAGCUCGGAACUCGGACUUUCCAUUGAACCUCUCCGUGAGGGCUUUUCCGUUCGAGACCUCUGGGAAAUUAAUGUUGAAUAAAUCUUUCUAUCUUUUUUGAAAUGAUCCUUUAUGUUCUGAAUGUCAUCAUUCAAUUCAUACCAAUGAAGGCAUUGCUGUUUUUUCCAGGAAUUUUCAAAAACUGUAAAAAUUAAGUCCAAUUGAUGGUUUCUUUAACGGACCGACUGAUGGUCGUUUUCUGUGAGACGGAGGCCGACGAUUUGCUUUUCCAGAAGGCCCUUGAAUGGACUGAAGGCUGUCCAGAUGACGUCGUUUUCUGGGUUCGUCGGAAGCCGAUUUGCAAGUGGGUGAAGAGAAAGAAUUAGUGGGAUGGUCAUUAAAACCCUAAGAAGUGAAACUAGGACAUUUUAGGACAGUAGUGUACCUUAGAACUUAGCCGACAUUGCUAAAAAAAAAAAGAUAUUUUAUGAUUUUAUUAAAAUAUUCCUUCUCUUGGGCAAAAAAGACGAUGUUCUCUCGAGAACCGGCUAAAUUCAAAACUUAAUAUUCCAGAAUCCCGUCGAUCCCGACGUCAUGGGCAGCCAAAAUUUGGGUCUUGAAACAAUUACGCUUUCGCUACGCAGAAAACGUCGCAUUGACGUAAGAAAUGCAUUUUUGUGAAGUUUUUUAUUCAUUUUUCUUCAAAAUGCUUUUCAGAGCGGCAAGAAUCGCUGGUUCUGAGAAGUCCCUGGAGGAUGUUGCUGCCAUUUUUGUAAGUUUGUUUUUAUUUCGAUUCAACUGCAAGAUAAAAUCUUAUACUUUUCUUGGCGCGACAUCGGAUUGAAUGAUGUUCCUCAGCAUAAUUCCAUUCUUCCUUUUUUUUUUUUCAAAGACUUGACCCAGCCCUGAACCAGCUAUUCUGAAAAAUAAAAUCAUAUUUUUUCCUCUUUCCGCGUUCCCUAGAAAAAAAAAAAUUUAUUCCGCUUUCCGCGCUCCGAAAAUUCGGACCGAUAUUUGAAAAUUGACCUUCGCCUAUCUUUUCUGCUGUGAUUCAAAAUAUUUUCCGUUUUCAAAGGUCACAGUAGACGGUGACGCGGUGACGACUGUCGGUUUCGCGACUUUACUCGCCCUUCUCGCCCAGUUUUGCGUCGCCGCCGAAGCAAGGGCCGUGGUUGCCGUGAAUGUGUUCGGGCCGGCCAAAGAACUCGAAAAAAGGCCUGAACAAGCCGAAGAGGACACCUUCGAUCAUCUCGAUGAGAGCUUCUCGAGUUGGUUUUUUCAUCGAAACAGAAAAAUGCAAUUUUUACGAAAAAAGUUUCAUUUUUGCAUCAGUUUGACAUUUCCAUCAUAAAUUUAGCUUCGAGAAGCGUUUUGGGAGAAUGAACUUGAAUUUUUAGUUUUUUCCCUUCUAGGAUCCAAAAAGAUUUUUUUCCGUCUUCAAGCGAAAUUUCAUUUUUUUUUUUUAUAGCCCAGUUUGCCCAUUUUAUCUACAAAAAAGGCUAAAUACCAGAUUCGGCCAACUUCGCUUCAAGACCUUUUUUGUUAUUUUUUCGCAGUUUUGUAGUGCAAGAAAAGAUGUGGUUACGGUACCUUUUUUUCUGCUGUGCUUUUGAAACUUGACUACCCUUAUUGCAGAACAUGAAUCGUGUUCAGUUCAACCAGAAACGACGCAGUUAUUUUGGAAUCUUGACAACGAUCCCGAGUAUAUAGCUCUCGGUGAGUUUUCCCGUGAUUUCAGAUGCUUUAUAAUCAGAGACGGGUCGCCCUGGGCCGACCCGAAAAGCAACCAAAUUGUCAGAAGAGCCUUUUUUCUUAAUUUCUCACACAUUUCCUACAUUUUCAUAUUCCAUUUUUCGAGACUUUUGUUUUUCUCUGCGCUCUCUUCGUCUCUUGACGAUCUUCUCGUGCUGCCGUGCUAUUUUCAUGCUUCUCGGAAUUCACCGGUGAGGGAACAGAGAGACGCAGACAUUCGGAAACUUUGAAUUUCGCGGUGCGGGCCGACCCAGGGCGGCUGCUUCAAAUCGCGGGCUGUCCCAGCGCGCCCCGUUUUCGGCUUUCUGAUAAUAAUAAUUUCUUGAUUCAGUGAUCAUGGAGAAGUUGAUCGAUGACGUCGUGGCCGCCGAAAAAUCAGUUCCAGAGGCCGAUGGAGCACAAAAAGGUUCUUCUUGAACUUUAUCACACAAAAAAAGCAAAUCGAAAGAAUCCGCUGUAUUAGAUUUUUAUGACAGUCUUUGAAAAACAUAUUUAAUCUAUCAAGAUUUAAAAGAACGAUUAAAGAAAUUUUUCAGAAUAUCUUCUCCCUGAUAAUUAUUUCGCUGAAAUGGAUCCUUUGACUCGUGAAGGUUUUUUUCAAUCGUUUCAAUUCCAAUCAAAUUACAUAACAGGUGCCAAAUCGCCGUUUUGCAAUGCAAUCGAACCAAAAAGUCAGGUAAAAUUUAACUCAGAAGAAGCGAAAUCACAUAUUUCUCGUCUCAAGUUGUUAUCUUCUAUGUACACUCGCUCAAUAUGUCGCUUUAAUUGUGAUGAUGGAGGAGAUUUAGUGGCUUUGGUAUGAAAUUGAUAUUUACCAUUCUUAUCUGGUCAAAAUAAUCUCAGGUUUAUAUCACUUCUUAGGAACUUAAGAGGGGUCUCCAUUGGGGCUACCUUAGGAUCCCUUGAUGGCUGCCCUCUAGGGAUCACUUUGCAUCCCCUAUAAGGCCACUAAAGCUGACGUGGGUUAAAAAAACAUUGAAAGACCCUAUAGGGACCCCUUGAGCUUUAGGGGAUAAGAAAACGUUUCCUCUACAGGUCUCUUUUCCCUCGGACCCCUAUAGAGGCCACUCUGGCGUUUCUAAGUCAUUCUAA